GAUACUCUUUCAAGAGGCCCAGAAUCUCUAGCAACGGCCCUGCAUGUAGCUAUCAUGUUUAUGUCGCCAUCUGCAGUUCAAAGUCGUUUGUUAACAUAGCAUAAACGACAAGCCAAAUUUAGUGUGCGUACUUUUUUUCCAGCCUGCCUGGCUUUUCUCUCGCGUGAUCUUGGGACAUUAGUGGCGUCCAAAUAACGGUAUUGUUGUAUAAUUACACGGUAUUGUUGUAUAAUUACACGGUAUUGUUCGGCUAUAAUGUGUGCAAAGUUGACAUGAGCUGAUUGUCGUGUGAAGCUGUGGAAAAAAAAAGUUGUCCAACCCGUGGAUAAGAUCAGCAGGACGUCCCUUCUUCGCUACGUCGACGGCUGGUAUGGACUUCCUUCCCCCUGAUAUGACCACAGACUCCUCAGGAGGCGUCUCCUAGUUUGUAUUUCCUCACUUCUUCCUCGACCACCACGCUUGUUCACAACAUGGAUUUUUCCUCCACUUUGUCGUAUUUGGAGGACAACUCUAGAAGAAGAAGCGACCCGGACCGCUUCGACACCUGUCUGUGUCCCAGCACAGCGGAACUCAGCCAGGCGGUGUCCGUGUCCCUGGGCUUGGACGCGCUGUCCUCCCCGCUCCACAGCACCGCGCACGGCUCUGGCGGCGCCGCCGCUUUCCAGGUCUGCGAGGCGGCUCAGAGUUUCGGCGCGGCCGCGCACACCGACACCACAGAGGACGAGUUCGGCGCCGUGUGCCAAGGCAUGCAGCAGGUGAGCUGCAUGGACCUGCUGAGGUCCGACGAAGCCGACAGCUCGCCGACGCCGGUGACGCGCGGUUCGGUCAUAUCCACGUUCGUCUGCAAGGAGUCCAACUUGUUUGCGAACACGGAGCCGCCCUCUCAAAUGGACCGACUCUUACCACUCAGACAAUACACCGCUUACCCGCUCAACCCCAACUUGUACAGAGACAUCACGAGUGUUUUGUGCGUGGACGAGGGCGCUUACGGCGGCCGAGCCGAGCCGGGGAGGACCGGACAUCAUUUGGAGUGUAAAUAUUGUAAGUGUGGACAAGCAGGUGUUGGGUGCAGGCAGGAGUGCCGCUGUGUCUGGCACAACAGGGACGAGCCGAGCAAAGGAGGCAUGCGAGCAGCAGCCAUGGCACCGAGCUACGGCCAAGUGGAAAGUUACCAAAGUGAACACUCUCACGGCCAGCCCGCUUACCCAUCCGUCAAGACGGAACCGCCAACCUGGAUGGACUGCACGGAUAGGGGCUUCAGGCCUGAAGAUCUGUUCCCAGGUGUGUACCUAUCAGACAGGCGUGUGUGUCAGGUGUGUGGGGAUGAUGCCUCUGGUUGUCACUAUGGAGCAGUCACCUGUGGCAGCUGCAAAGUAUUCUUCAAGAGGGCCGCCGCUGGUAAACAGAACCACCUGUGUGCCAGCCGGAAUGACUGCACCAUUGAUAAGUUGCGGCGUAAAAACUGCGCCUCGUGUCGCUUAAAACGCUGCUUCAUGUCAGGAAUGAGCCUCAAAGGUCGCAGAAUGAAGGGAGCCAGCCAGACGAGGAGCGGGGAAGAGGAGAAACCUCCAACUGCCUUGAGGCCUGGUGAAUUAGGAGAGAAGCCAGAGAGGAGAGAUGUCAUCUUAGAGCACGGAAAUGCAGUUGCCAGGGCUCGAGCAUCCCAGCCUCUGGUUUUAGGCAUCCCCCGGACCCUACACUCCUGCCUAUCCCUGCUCAGCGUGCUCCAGACCAUUGAGCCCGCCGUCGUCAACGCAGGGCAUGACCCGGCCCUUCCAGACAGCUCUACCUCCCUGCUAACCAGCCUGAACCAACUUGGGGAGAGACAACUUGUAACAGUGGUAGGCUGGGCCAAAGCGAUGCCAGGUUUCCGCAACCUACAUGUGGAGGACCAGAUGACGGUGAUUCAGCUGUCAUGGAUGGGGGUGAUGGUGUUUGGUCUGGGCUGGAGGUCCUACACCCUCACCGACAGCUCCCUGCUUUACUUUGCUCCAGACCUGGUUUUCAAUGACCAGCGUAUGCAGGUAUCCAGUAUGUAUGAACACUGUAUGCGGAUGAAGAUGCUCUCCCAACGUUUCUGCACGCUGAAGGUCACCAAAGAGGAGUUCCUGUGCAUGAAGGCGCUGGUCCUCUUCAGCAUUCUGCCAGUGGAGGGCCUGAAGAACCAGCGCUGUUUUGAUGAUCUACGGACCUCCUACAUGAAGGAGUUGGACCGCUUGGCCAGCAACCGCGGCGAGACCACCCGGACACACAGGCUGUUUCAGCUCACAGAACUGCUGGACUACCUCCAGUUGGUUGUGCGCAAGUUGCAUCAGUUCACUUAUGAUCUGUUCAGGGAAGCCCAGUCCCUGCAGACUUGCGUCAACUUCCCGGAGAUGAUCUCGGAGAUUGUCAGCGUCCAUGUGCCCAAGAUCCUCUCAGGCAUGGUCAAGCCUAUUUUAUUCCAUAAUGCCAUUUAGAGAGAGGGGCCAUGAUGUCACUUGAGCUCCCACUUUCACUCCUUAGAGCAGUUGUGGUAAAAAAUAUCAAGAGUGACGAGGAUGAUGGAUAGGCAGAGAGAGAGGUACUGCAUCUGGACAGAAACAGAGAACUGAGCGCAUUCUUCCUGUCUAAUGUAAUCUAAUCACAUCUACCAUGUUCUUCUUGGUGCUUGUUCAGUGUCACGCACAUCAAAUGUUGUUGAGGCCUACAUUUAGUUAGUUUUGAAGAGUAAGUUUGCAGUUAACUCAUCUGUCUGCACUGCUUUGUUGUUUUUUGGCUAAUCUCUUCUCCCCCACGGUGAAUGUUGCUGUAUGCACCUUGGCUGAAAAAAGUUUGUGAAUCCAAAGGCGUUUUUAAAACGUCCGAACGCUCCUCUCAUCUUUGGAGAUGGUCAACUACUAGCAAACGGGCGGGAUUAUUGCACUUUUGAUGUUCUGUCCAUUUAUAUUUGCAUCAUUAUGACGGUCACUUAAGAAAAAAAGAAAUGAGCCCACACUGACUUUGUAGUUGAUUAACACUACCUGUAACUAUAUUUCUCUUUAUAUUUGCCUUGUUUUUUCAAUGUAAUUUCCAUUUUUUUCACUGUUGUAACUUUUCUACAAGUGAGCUUUCUCAAAAAUGUUUUUGCACGUGCCUUGUUGUAACGUAUGUAUUCAUUGUAACCUCCGAUAGUCUGAACGGUUUGUGCUGAACCAAAAAAAAAAAGGUCCAGCCGAUAACCUGCUCUUUUGUGGCAAACGCGUAAUAAAACUGGAGC